UCCAUGUUUCACAUUAAAGAGGAUGGCGUCACUGCUCCGAGAAAGGAACACGCCAGGACAGUUCUUUAUGACCUUCGGGGAGAAUUGGGUAGAUUUGUGGAACGCAGCCUUUUUACGUUGUUCGGACUGCUGGAACCGUCUUGAAGGAAGAAAUAUAGCAGACAGUUUUGAAUCAAAACAGGCAUGGCUCAAACACCAUGACCAAUUUUAGUAUAUUGGUAUUAUUGUAGAGAGGUUUCAACUAGGUCGUGUAAGAAGGCACCCCUAUAUGCGUUAAUAAACGCAAUGUCAAGUGUACUGAGUCGUAAGGGAACAAUAAUUAAAGAUAGGAACACAAAACAAGUGCUACACAUCAAUGAAAAGGGAUUAAUGGAACAUUUUAAAUAGCAUCACUGCUAAUCAACCUAACUGGAAAAAAAUGAACUCUUGCUUUCAAGCAGAUCCCAAAAAGCCUAUCGGAGGACACAUACUGGCGCAUGCCUCCACCAUGUGCAUCAGCUUGAGAAAAGGACAUGCUGAAUUGAGAAUUGCCAAGAUAUUUGUUAGGCAGUGAUGCAGUGGCCAGUAUGGAAAUCUCAGAACCAGUGGCUGCAGUGGAGAAUGGAGAGACAGAUGUCAACACAGUUGAAACGUGGGAGCAGAAGGGUGAGCCGGAUGAGGAGGAACCAAGGUGUGAAACCCUGCCAGAGAUUGGAUGCUGUGGGGACGAAGCACAGGAUGAAAUGAUGGAGGAAGAUGAGGAGAUGCCCAUCCCCAAACUGCCUCCUCCCCCACCGGACGCCCCUAAAAAAGAACAUGUUAAUGUUGUGUUCAUUGGACAUGUGGAUGCAGGCAAGUCAACAAUUGGUGGACAGAUCAUGUAUCUAACUGGUAUGGUGGACAAGCGAACACUGGAUAAAUAUGAACGGGAGGCGAAAGAGAAGAACAGAGAGACUUGGUAUCUUUCCUGGGCUUUAGACACAAACCAAGAGGAAAGAGACAAGGGGAAAACAGUAGAAGUUGGAAGAGCCUACUUUGAAACAGAGAAAAAGCAUUUUACUAUUCUUGAUGCUCCAGGCCAUAAAAGCUUUGUACCCAACAUGAUCGGAGGGGCAUCCCAAGCUGACUUGGCAGUGCUGGUCAUCUCUGCUAGAAAGGGUGAGUUUGAGACCGGUUUUGAAAAGGGAGGCCAGACAAGGGAGCAUGCCAUGCUGGCCAAAACAGCUGGAGUCAAACAUCUGAUAGUCCUCAUCAACAAAAUGGACGAUCCCACUGUGAACUGGAGCUUGGAUAGAUAUGAGGAAUGUAAAGAGAAGUUAGUGCCAUUUCUGAAGAAGGUUGGCUUUAAUCCAAAGAAAGAUAUUCACUUCAUGCCCUGCUCCGGAUUGACAGGAGCUAACUUGAAAGAGCCUUCCGAGUUGUGCCCCUGGUAUACGGGAUUACCUUUUAUUCCACAUCUGGACAGCCUUGCAAACUACAACAGAUCAAGUGAUGGUCCUAUCAGAUUGCCUAUUGUAGACAAAUACAAGGACAUGGGCACCGUGGUGCUUGGAAAGCUGGAGUCUGGAAGUAUCGGCAAAGCACAACAACUUAUUAUGAUGCCAAAUAGGCAUACAGUGGAGGUGUUGAGUCUGCUGUCUGAUGAUGUAGAGACAGAUUUCGCUGGACCUGGUGAAAACCUGAAGCUCCGGCUCAAAGGCAUUGAGGAGGAAGAGAUUCUCCCAGGAUUUAUUCUAUGCAAUGCUGAGAACCUCUGCCACUCAGGGCGCACUUUUGAUGCCCAGAUUGUCAUUAUUGAACACAAAUCUAUUAUAUGCCCUGGUUACAGUGCAGUACUACACAUACAUACCUGCAUAGAAGAAGUGCAGAUAACAGCCUUAAUCUGUCUGGUGGACAAGAAGACAGGAGAAAAGAGCAAGACUCGCCCGCGCUUUGUCAAACAAGACCAAGUAUGCAUCGCCCGUCUUAGAGCUGCAGGAACUAUCUGCUUAGAGACUUUUAAAGACUUCCCUCAGAUGGGGCGGUUCACCCUGAGAGAUGAGGGUAAGACAAUCGCAAUUGGUAAGGUGCUGAAGUUGGUACCUGAGAAGGACUAAAUUUGGACAGAAGUACUGCUCUGGUGCACUCUGGGACUCAUGAGGAUACAGUGGUGUGCCUGCCAGAUGUCCUUCAAACUGUUCCAUCUCCCCACUGUGGAUCAGUCUAGAAGAAAAUUACUUUGGACAAAAGGACCUUUAUCAAUUUUAGGAAGAACAUUAAUAUAGAAAGACAAGCUCAGUGUGACAGCUUUCUCAUAUUGAGAGCUCAACUAUGCCACUCAUGUAGCCCAAUUUUUGCCAGUUUCUGGUAACACAUUUAAUCUAAAAAUGGAUGCAAAUUUAUUUUAAGGCAUUGGCUUUUAAAUUUUAUGUUGGAAAUACAGAUGUCAGAAGGAGUCUUGGUGUCAUCUCAUUAAAAGGUUAAUGCCAUACCUGUGUUCACCUCCCAGCUUUGAAAUAAUUUACCCUCCAAAAGAAUGUUGGGUCACUGAUUGGUUGCUACAGCAUUAUUAGGGCAGUUAGAGACUUUUGACUGUUCAUUGUUGUGUGAAAUAUGGUCCAACAGGGUCUACGCUUGCCAGUAACCUUGCUCUUUUACCUGGCAAGUCCUGCAAGAGUGGUAAUGGUCAAGUUCAUAUUGUGGAUAGGGCACACUAGAGAGAUACCAUGACACUUAUGGUAGAGAUUUAAUUAUACACAUGAUGACCAGAUUAAUUUGUUUACAGUAAUGCCAUUAUAUAACAAAUGACAAAUGCACUAAAGUGGUUAAAGAAUAACUCUUGUCACAUCAACUGGUGUUAAUUCUGUACACUGAUGUUGGGGGAUGUAAACAUCAAACUUAAAAAAAAAAAAACAUUAAAAUGAAACGAAAUAUGGAUAAUUUAUCUUAGUUUUUGUCCAUAUUCUAUUCAUAUUCCAGGAAAUCACAACGCAGUUCAGGAAUUCCAUACUGAAAGAGGCCAUUUAGCCCAGAGACAGAACACUGGUAUUAAAUGAAUGGGAGAAAUUGGAACGCCUAACGGAUGUGGAAAAGGAAGUCCCGCCUUUCAAGCAAAAUAGCCAAUCGCCUUUUAUGUACAGACAUCGACUGUGA